GUGGAACUGCAGCUGCAGCAGGUAUUUUCUCAGUCGCCUUAUGGACUACGUCUGAGCGCCAAAAUAACGAUGACACAACCAAAUGGAACCGUAAGCAACGGGACCAGGGAGGCCGGGAAGAGCCGAGAAAAACGCAGGAGGGAAGUAAAGAUAGUUAUAGUUGGAGACGGGGGCUGUGGCAAGACCUCUCUGCUCAUGGUGUAUGCAAAGGGCUCCUUCCCUGAGCAAUAUGCCCCUUCUGUGUUCGAAAAGUACACCACCACAAUUACCAUUGGAAACAAGGAAUAUUUUUUGCACCUGUAUGAUACAGCAGGUCAAGAGGAUUAUGACAGGCUACGUCCCCUGUCGUAUCAAGAUGUCAAUUUGGUUUUAAUAUGUUACGAUGUUACAAACCCCACCAGUUUUGAUAAUGUGCUAAUAAAGUGGUAUCCAGAGGUUAAUCACUUUUGUCGAGGGGUUCCCAUAGUGCUUAUUGGGUGUAAAACAGACCUCCGAAAAGACAGAGAACGACUACGCAAGCUUAGGACCUUACAGCAGGAACCAGUUACUUAUUUUCAGGGUGAAGACACGUGUAAAAGUAUACAGGCUGUAGAAUAUCUAGAAUGCUCUGCCAAGUACCAGGAGAACAUAGACAAUGUUUUUAAAGAGGCCACUUUAAUUGCAUUAAAUGGUAUGAAAAAAGAACAGAAGCUGAAGAGGAAACAGAAGAAUUGCUCGGUUCUCUGAGUCAGACUCUUUGUACCAGCUCAGUUCCACACCAUCUCCCAUCACUGGCACUUCAAUUUAACGGUCAGGACUGUCUCGGCUGUAAAUAUAUCUUAUCAUUUUAAUAUGAACAUUUUCCAAUAUUUUAUUCACAACGACAUGUUUUUCAUUUAAGAUGGGACUGUUACAACUCUGCUUGGCCAUUCAUGCCUUUUACGGGAUUGCAAGUGUGGUGGAUGCACGUCGAAUUCCAUAAGGAUUUUUAUUUUAGUACUUAAAGGAAUAGUAACAUCAAAAAAUUAAAGUGUUUUAAAGUAAUAAAAAUAUAAAACAGUGUUGCCCUGCACUGGUAAAACUGCUGUGUUUGCUUAAAAAACACUACUAUUGUUUAUAUAAAUGAGCUGCUGUGUAGCAAUGGGGGCAGCCAAUCAAAGGAGAAAAGGCUCAGGUUACACAGCAGAUAAGCUCUGUAGAACAUAAUGUUAUCAGUUAUCCACUAUUUAACUUGUGCCAUUUAGCCUUUUUUCAAUUUCCACCAUUGCUACACAGCAGCUUGUUUAUAUGAACUAUAGUAGUAGUGUUUCUGAAGCAAACAGGUCAGUUUUACCAGUACAGGGCAACACUACAUUACAUUUUCAUUAUCUUAAAACAAUUACAUUUUUAGGUGUUACCGUUCCUUUAAGUGCCUAGCAGCAAACUGCCUGUAUUUAUGUUUUAAAUACCAGAAAAAAAGAUAAUGAAGAGUCUUUUUAGUUCUUCAGCCUGAGAAGAAUGAGCUAUUGGGAGUGUCAUACCUGGAGACAGCAAUCUGUUUAGCUACAGAUGUUCCAGAGACGUUGACAGACAUAAGCUUUGAUGUGGUUUAAGACUGAGAUAGGCUGCAACGGACUACUUGGUCUGGCCCUGUCAAAAAUUCCACAACACAUCUAGAAUUACUGAUGUUUUUUUUUCAUUUAAAAAUUAUGUGUAGUUUUUCUUGUAGUGAACCAUUCAUAAAUAUGUAAUAUGUAUGUGAAGUCCUAGUCACUAUAAGAGACCGGGUGGGGCUUCAGUUAGACAGAUAAAAGAUGAAACAUCAGAAGCGUUAAAUACAAAUAAUAACUAAAAAAAAAAAAAAA